AAAGUGCGUCAUCGUUUAAAAAAUGGAAUAAAGCACAAUUAUUUCAAAUGAUGCUUCGCCUCUCACAAAUGGGAAUGGCAAAAGUAAAACAACGCUGUCGCCGUCGAAUGAUAUCAACCAGACUGCAAAUGGAAUUGUAUACAAUAAAGAGUAACAUAAACAACAUUGAAACGGAAAAGCAACCACGGGAGCAGCAGUAUCAGGAAGAGGAGAAUUCUAUGAUGAUACUAAUCGGAGCAAAUCUUCAUUCGAAAAGGUUCCUCUACACACAGCCUUCCUAGUAUAUCUUGGCUUUUACCUGCUCAUGAUAUUGGGCUACAUCAAUCAAUUUAUGUGUGCCCGAAAAGUAGCUAAACAAAAUAAUCGAGAGGGCUAUGUUACGCUAUACGAUACCUUCGAGAAUUCUAUUCACGGUAUGUCUAUUGCUGGAAUUUCCCAAUUUGCAGUGUCCCUGGUAGGGAGGUAACUCUCAAAGAUCGCAUAACCAAGGAUUACGGUUGGACAUUUGAGUUCACUGGAAAAGAAACAAGAUGCUUGAACAGCGUUGCAGAACAGACGGCUUGGCUUUAGACAGUCCCCGUUGUAAAGUGUGUUGGAGUGUUCGAUUGUCCGAAGUUAUUGCAUUGAAGAAGAAAUACAAACCUUAUUUGCAUUUGUAUGAGACGCAUAGUGUGGUAGCAAUGGGACCAAAUGGUCGCGGUACUGUCGACUAUUAUGGCGCCGAUCCGAAAGAUGUUGAUAUUCUAAUGGGAAAAUUUAAGAGCUUUGGCAGUGCUGGUGGUUAUAUUGCUGGAACAAAGAACUGUAGGUCGUACACAAACUUUGCGUAAGGUAGCGGUUGUUGGAGUUGGGUUUCCUGCCACUCCAAUUGUGGAUUGACGUACAUAUACGCUUAAGAGAAGUUUGAUUAUGCCUUACAAGUGAAUAGUGAUUGAUGAAAUAAGUGAUUCAGUAAUCAGUUGGCCUAAAGUAUUCAUGUAAAGUAAGAGAUUCUAAUCCGAUUAUUUAUUAAGUUAAAAGGAAUAAAUAAAUAAUAAUAAAUAAAUGAAUAAGGUCAUUUUAUAAUUCGUUUAAUAAGAAUUUCAUUUAUUUGAUGUAUCUUCCCAUAUACAUAUAUAUAAGUAUAAAGUUAGUUACUAAAGAUCUAUUAUAUUUCUAUCACUAAAAAUAAAUAAGUAAAGCAAAAUUGAAAGAUGUUUUAUUUUCAUCGCAGUAGGAAAAAGCGGAGUUCUAGAUACAUUUUUUGAA